AUGUCUAUCGUCCAUAUUGUUCUGUUCAAGCUCAAGUCCUCACUGAGUGACGCGGAGAAGAAAGAAUUCUGCGAUGACAUGCUUUCCUUGAAAGGCACAUGUAUGCAUCCUGCAUCGAACAAGCCCUAUAUCGUCUCGUCCUCUGGCGGUGUCGACAACAGUCCCGAGGGCGCACAGGUUGGUCUGUUCCUCUCUUCGAUGGGGCCUCAUCAUAAUCACAUGCAGGGCGGUUUCACGCACGGGUUCGUCGUUGAGUUCGCUUCAAAGGAGGAUCGCGAUUACUAUGUCUCUCAGGACCCAGCUCAUCAAGCAUUUGUGAAGAAGAAUAGCCUCAGGUUCGAAGAUGCCAGAGUUCUAGACUAUGAAAAGGGGGUAUAUUGA